GGAGCGAAUAAGUCGGAGUACGAAACGGAAGAAAAUCUGUCAAACGUCACGCUAAAAAUAGAUAAACAAAUGAACUUUUUUGUUUUAUUAGUGGAACCACUGGUGUAAAUGAUACGUUAGAUAAUGGAUUAAGUAUAUAUUUGAAGGAAUUCAAAUUCACAAGAAAGAUGACGAAACACUACAACUGUGUUGUGUGUAACAAACGAACCAAACCAAAGGAAAGACGCAUUAUAAACAAAGAUGUGAAGAAAUACCUCAGAAAGGCAUUAUUUAUCGAGCUCAGUUCAGAAAAAGAUAUCAUAUGCAACAAAUGUAAACACAAGUAUUACACGUAUGAUAUAUGUACAAAGUCUAAGCAAAACAACAGCAAGAGAGAUUCUCAAUCUACCAGGGAUGCAGAUUUUCACCCAACCGCUUCAAAUUCAUCUGUUCCAGCAGCCAGUCCACCUUCGGUAAAGUUAAAUAUACCAUCUACACCAAAAACACAUGCACGGUGUUUGGCAUGCAAGAAACCAGGACCUAAACUUAUAGUUAUUUCGGCACCUGCCCGAUUUGCUGCAUUUCUUCAUCAUAAUGUUAUAAUUCCUGCUGGAGCAAGAUGCUGUCCAAGUCACAUUGAAGAAAAAACAUGUAUGCUUAGACCAGAAUGUUUACGAAAUAUACCAGUUACAGAGCAAUCGUUUAUGAAUAGAACAACUAUUCUGAAUUUACUGAAGCAAAUGAGAGAAAUGUGCUGUAAGAAACAAAACAUAUUGGACUUUGACAAUAUAAAGGAUGAAGAAAUGAGAAAUCUAACUGGACUUAGUCUCGAACAGUUCAAUGAUUUAUUCUCACACAUAAAGGACAAAGUAAAAGCUACACCGGCACGGACAAGCCGGACAUCGGUAGGGCUGCUUUUAUUAAAACUACGGUCCGGAAUGUCUAAUAAAUUGUUAGCAACACUUUUCAGGGUAAGUAAAUCAAGUGUGCGACGGGCUAUUAGGACUGUAAGGCAAGCACUGAUGAGGAGUUUUGUCCCUUUGUAUCUUGGACUUGAAAGUAUCACUAGAAAUACUAUUAUUUCACAACAUACAAGACCUCUUGCAAAACAUCUAUUUGGUGCUGAAGAAGAUGAGAUGAUUCUGGUUUUAGACGGUACGUACAUUUAUAUUCAGAAAAGUGGCAAUUUUAAGUUUCAGAGAAGAUCAUACAGUAUACACAAAGGUCGACCGUUAGUGAAACCUAUGGUUGUAGUGACAACAACUGGGUAUUUCGUUACCAUAGUAGGACCAUUCUUUGCUGACAGUAAAAAUAAUGAUGCAGCAAUCUUAAAUCACAUGCUUCGUUCAAAUACGGAGGACAUAAGAAAUUUUGUGAAAGAGAAAGAUAUAUUUGUUGUGGACCGAGGAUUUAGAGAUUCUGUUUCUUUGUUAGAAGAUCUCGGUUUACGAGCAGAGAUGCCAGCAUUCAUGACUAAAGGUGCAAAACAGAUGCCAACAGAUGAUGCUAAUUCAAGUCGUAUGGUGACAAAGAUAAGAUGGGUUGUAGAGUCAGCUAAUGCGAGGAUCAAAGCUUGGAAAUACCUGGACCACGUGCUACCUACCAGUCAAGUACCAUAUAUUGGUGACUAUGUGCGUAUAGUAUGUGCAGUUUGUAACAAAUAUUUACCUCCUUUAAGUUUGGCAAAUCUUGAAGAAAGUGACAUUCAGUUAGCAGCACACAUGCGUCACUUGAGUUCUCAAGUAAACAUGCUUAAAACGUAUGUCGAGGAAAAUAAGUUAGAGCGCGGAAAUGCAAAAUGGUCUGCUGUAAAUGAUGAAGAGUAUACCAGUUACGGCUAAGUCCAAGUUAUAUACAGGAAUAUAUUGAUGGAGAUUCUGAUAUUUAUGUGCAUAAGGAAAAUGCAAAUCUUAUCCGUGUAAGAAUUCAGAGUCGUCACGUUUCGUCAAGAACAUACCUGUUGUGGUUACAAUUUACCGCGUCAGAGGUGACGGCGUGGUAUUGCAAGUGCCGCGCAGGGGCACGUGUUGUUGGUGUUUGUGCGCAUGUGGCUGCAAUUGUUUGGUACCUGAGUUAUGCGAGGUAUUUCAUCAAUCGGUACGGAGUUUGUGACUGGGGAUUACAUUUGUCUGAUGCCAGUAAUUUACCAGAUCCAAUUGAUAGCUCUGAGACGGAAAGUGAGGCGAGUUGUAUCGAAGAGUAACUGCAGCGCACCGACAUUAUGUAGAACUUAGACCAUCCCUCAAUGUUAAAUGUUUGAUAUUUUUAAAACUUUUCAUCAUCAGAUUUUAUUGUGAUGUAUGAGUCAUGUUUUGUAACCAUGGUAGCCUUCAUUAUGUUCAUCCAGUCAACUUUCUUCUUUAAGUACGGAUAUAUUCUGUAUAUGAAUGUACACUUGUAUAUCAUUUAGUAUGUAAAACUGGAUGGUCAUUGAAAAAAGGUAAUAGCAACCAAUUUAUGUUAAAAUGAUCAUUUAUUAAAAGGUCAUAUUUUAACUGAUUACAUUCAAAAUGUUUCUGUAUAAUCAGCUCAAAAGAAUUACAAACACGAUAUAACAACAUAGUACUGAGGGUUCUGUUUCUGUAGAAAUAAAACUGAGAGUGCAUUCCAUAGAAAUAAUAAUGUAUUAACUUGUUCGCACAGUUUUUAAAACGUUUGCUUUUAAAAAAUCAACUGAAAAUUUGAAUAUGAGAAAUUUUGUAUUUCAAGGUAGUUGCUAUGGUAACCGUUCCGUGUCAUUUAUGCAAUUCUUUUUAAUAAUUAAUUACUUUUAUUUUGACUUGAAAAGUUCUAUCCUUUUAAAAAAUAAUUACGGUAGUUAUUGUAACAGCUGUUUAAAUACAGUAAAAUUAAGGAAUUAGGUGACUGUUUCCAUGGUAACAGAUGUAGUUUUUGAUAGUUUUAUCUGUCAUAUUUUUACAUAUUAUUAGUUAAAACGAUUAUAUAUGGUAUUUUAGAAUACAAAAUGUGAAAAACAUAAUUUAUCGUAAAUAUCGCUAUUUAUUUGUAAAAUUUCAGAUUUGUAGAAAAUAAGAGUUAUCUCCCUUGUUUUUUCAUAUACGCAGGAGUGAAAACAUUUGAUUUUUGUUUUGUUUGGAAGUAUCAAUAUUUCUUAAAGUGAACAUGUCACUUUUGUUGUUAACAAACUAACAUAAAUAAGAAUAAAAGGUAUUUCAUUUCA